AAAAACUGGACAGGAGCCUCCUCCAACGGGACGAAGCUCCGUUCAUCCAGGGCAAAACCGGAACCCAACCGCCUAUUUAACUCUUCCCUCAACUGAUAUCUAACCCACAACUACAUCUUUCCCAAUCUUCGAUCUCGAUUUAUCUCACUACCCAAAACAAGCCAUGGACUCACCUCCCCACCACAAAACCACCUCCGGCCACCACCACCAGCCAAAAACCUCCUCCGAGCUCUUUUCCAGCGCCAAGGUCCUGGCCGAGGCGGGCCAGGCCACCUACAGCCACGGAUCCGUCGACAAGGAGAAAGUCGCUGGCGCCGCUUCCGACCUCCUCGGCGGCGCCCGCCAGUACGGUAACCUUGAGGGAGGGCAAUUUGGUCAGUACAUCGAGAAAGCCGAGACUUAUCUCGACAAGUACGAGUCUCCCGAUCACUCCUCCGCCGCCGGCCAAGGCGGCAAAACCGCCGCUGCUGCCGGACACGGUGGCGGAACCACCACGGAUCCGUUGUCGCAUUCGGGUGGUGGUCACGAACAAUCUGAAGGGAAGACGCAUUCGUCGUCGGAGUCGGGUGGUGGCCACGGACAAUCUGAAGGUGGGUAUGGGGAGUACUUUAAGGUGGCCGAAGGGUUCUUGAAGAAAAGCGGCAGCGGGGGCGGCAACGACAGCGGCGGUCAGGGCAAAUCUGAAGGUGGGUCCGGCGAUUACUUGAAGAUGGCUCAAGGGUUCUUCAAUAAGUAAUGAUUGCCUAAUUUUGGUGUUUUGAAGCAUCUGUUGUAAACAGUAUGUGGGUAUUUACGUUUGUGGGUGUUUUGAUUUAUGCAUGCUUCUAAUUUCUCUGUGUAAUUGUGUUUAUGAGUGUUUGUUUAACCACAAAUAAUAGGAUACCAUAGGAGUAUCCUUUGUGAAAUCACACUUGUGAGACGCCUCUAGUAACUAUCCUAUCUAUUUCCUUGUUGUAUAAUUUGUGUUUGUAUUAUAAGAAUCGGCCCUGAAAUAAAAUUUAUGUUGUGGCUGCUUUA